UCCAGGCACUCGUCCCUCGGGAGGGUGAGCUGGGGUAGCAGAGAAGCCCCAGGAGUGCCGGGCCUAUGAUCCUCAGGCUCUGGUGGCCCCAAGUGCCCCACCUGCGCGUGACUCCUCCUCCCGGCUCUAUUCCGCAGCGUCGGCACCCUGGCGACACGCAGUUUCGGCCACCGCACCUGCGUCAGGGUGGAGUAGGGGACAAUCUGGAGGUAGAAGGGGAAACAAGCAGGGCCUUGGGGAGCACCGCGGUGCGGGGUGAGCAGCCUCGCCCCGGGUGGCGGCCCCCGCAGCCUAGAGCCUCCCACCCGGUCUGCGGCACCGAUGCGCUGUCCGCGGUGCUGACGCCGGCCGGCCGCUCGGUCGGGAGGGGGAGCAAACGCCCUGGUUCCCGCCGCGCCCGGAGCCUGUCCUCGGUUCCCAGGCCGUGUCUUUCGCCCGUGACGACUCCGCCGGAGUCCUGGCGCUGUGGUGGGAUCCAGGAACAAAAGAGUGAGCAAAGGGAAGGAACUUAAACUUCAGGCCGGAGCCCAAGAAUCGGAAGUCGGGUUUGGCUCCCGAUGGCCCCCGCCCCAGCCUCUGAGACCUCAAAGCACCAAGUUGAGCAAAGUUUCCCAGCGGCUUGAGAAGGGAAGAGAUCCCGGAGCCCAAGCGCAGGGAAGGAAGGACGCGGUUGUCUAGCGCGCUGACAGCCAGCACCGCAGUGGGACACCUGCUCCGGUGGGACGCGAUGGUGCCGCCAGGACGACCCGGAGACGUCGCCGCAGCCCAACUCUCCACCCCUUCCUCCCUUCCUUACUCACCCCUCCCCAACACCCCGCCCCAUGCUCCGGUGACUCCGCCUUUCCGUGCCGGGUAGCUCUUCGGCAGUAGCAGGGAAGGGAAAGGACCGCUUCCCCGGAGGACUCGGCUCGGCUCUGAGGCUCCCAAACCGGCUCAAUCCCAGCGGUGGAACAGGAUCGCCGGCUCAGCCCGCGCCUAGGCGCCACCGAGCCCCAGCAGCCUCAUGAGACGCCCCAGGGGACUCUGUGUGUGCCCUGACACCGUGUUCCGAUCCUAGGCGUCCGGACUCCACGGCUCAGCCGCUCCGCAACCCCACGGCCUGUCCGGAGAGGAGCAUGCGGCCCGGGGCCCCAGGGACUCCGGCCACCGGGCGGCGCUGGCCUAGCUUCGGAGCUCGGAGCCCGAGGGCAGCAAGUGACGAGCCGCGGGAGGCGGUAAGGCGUCGGGGAGCAGAGACAAGCGCUCCAGUCCGGGUGCCCGCUGGGCCGCACGACCAGUGUGUGGCCUGAACGCCCGGCGGGAGGCGGAGGCUCCGUGCCGUCCCGGUUCCGGGGAGGCUGCAGAGUGGCUCCGCGGCGGCCCCAGACAGACCUCUGGCCACCAUCCUCACGCACCUGCUCCUGUGGCGGGGAUGUCACGGCCCCGGCUCCGAGCGCCGCCCCAGCCCCGGGGUUGAGCUGCGGACCAUGUCCUCCCGCAGCCCCCGGCCCCCGCCCCGCCGCUGCCGCCGCCGCCUGCCGCGCCCCUCCUGCUGCUGCUGCUGCUGUCGCCGCUCGCACCUCAACGAGGACACCGGGCGCUUCGUGCUGCUGGCCGCGCUCAUCGGCCUCUACCUGGUGGCGGGUGCCACCGUCUUCUCCGCGCUUGAGAGCCCCGGCGAGGCGGAGGCGCGGGCGCGCUGGGGCGCCACGCUGCGCAACUUCAGCGCGGCGCACGGCGUGGCGGAGCCGGAGCUGCGCGCCUUCCUCCGGCACUACGAGGCCGCGCUGGCCGCCGGGGUCCGAGCCGACGCCCUGAGACCGCGCUGGGACUUCCCCGGAGCCUUCUACUUCGUGGGCACCGUGGUGUCGACCAUAGGUUUCGGCAUGACCACCCCCGCCACAGUGGGCGGGAAGGCCUUCCUCAUCGCCUACGGGCUGUUCGGCUGCGCGGGAACCAUCCUCUUCUUCAACCUCUUCCUGGAGCGCAUCAUCUCGCUGCUGGCCUUCAUCAUGCGCGCCUGCCGAGAGCGCCAGCUGCGCCGCAGCGGCCUGCUGCCCGCCACCUUCCGUCGAGGCUCGGCGCUGUCGGAGGCGGACAGCCUGGCGGGCUGGAAGCCCUCGGUGUACCACGUGCUGCUCAUCCUGGGCCUGUUCGCCGUGCUGCUGGCUUGCUGCGCCUCGGCCAUGUACACCAGCGUGGAGGGCUGGGACUACGUGGACUCGCUCUACUUCUGCUUCGUCACCUUCAGCACCAUCGGCUUCGGGGACCUGGUGAGCAGCCAGCACGCCGCCUACCGGAACCAGGGGCUCUACCGCCUGGGCAACUUCCUCUUCAUCCUGCUCGGCGUGUGCUGCAUCUACUCGCUCUUCAACGUCAUCUCCAUCCUCAUCAAGCAGGUGCUCAACUGGAUGCUGCGCAAGCUGAGCUGCCGCUGCUGCACGCGCUGCUGCCCGGCGCCCGGCGCGCCCCUGGCACGGCGCAAUGCCAUCACCCCGGGUUCCCGGCUGCGCCGCCGCCUGGCCGCGCUGGGCGCCGACCCCGCGACCCGCGACAGCGACGCCGAGGGCCGCCGCCUGUCGGGCGAGCUCAUCUCUAUGCGCGACCUCACGGCGUCCAACAAGGUGUCGCUGGCGCUGCUGCAGAAGCAGCUGUCCGAGACGGCCAACGGCUACCCGCGCAGCGUGUGCGUCAACACGCGCCAGAACGGCUUCUCGGGCGGCGUGGGCGCGCUGGGCAUCAUGAACAACCGGCUGGCAGAGACCAGCGCCUCCAGGUAGAGCGGCCGCCCGCCCCCAGCGCCGCGGACCCGACCCGGGCUGCGCGCCGCCGGGCGGGUUUACUUCAGAUCUCUCUGAGAUGGCGCUUUCUUAAUCUUUAUCCAAUAAAAACGAAACAAAAAAAAAAAAAGAGAGAGAGAGAGAGAGAAAGAGAGACAACCACAAAAAAAAAGUUUUCUAAAGAAAUACUAUUUGGCCAGGCCUGACGUUAUCGAGGGCAAGUUUUAGAUGAGACUGUGAUCUUUUGGGCCCCUACCCCGCUCUUGGAGAACCGUGGCCCCCAACAGAUUUCCCUUCCAGGAAGAGAAAAAAGUGGCACCCCAAAUCCCCCGCCCAACUCGCCGCGCCAGCGCUUACUGCAGCAAAGCGAGUGCAUUCCUGGGCUUUGCAGACGAGCACUAAAACCUUCCCCAUGCACACAAGCAGCUGGCAACCCCGAAGCAUAUGGCGCCUCCUUCCAUGGCUCCGAAUUACCUCCUCAGCCUUUAGAAUCCUGGCCCAGCCUAGCAGCUUCCUUCUGGUCGUCAGAAGUGAUAUAGUCACAGUUUUGACAGGUGGGGGUAGGGAGCGCCAUAUGUCGCCUCCCGGGUGUGUAUAUAUAGAACAGCCACUACACACGGGGAAUGGUGUAGUAUUAUGCAAUGAGAGGAAACAGCACUAACCGGCGGUCGGUGGCAUCUCCCCCCCCCCACACACACACACACUUGGAAAUUGCAAAUGGUGAGGGGCUUAGCUGGCCUUUCCCAGCUAGUCCACCUCCUGAAUUCUAUUCGAGGAAACACAGGGGGACCUGUAGGGAGAGGCGCUGUCUGGCUCGGGGUCCCGCUCUGUUUCAGCGUGAUCUCUAGAAUGAGCCCCUGACCUGGCCGUCACAAGUUUCAGGCACGUGCAGGGCCGCUUUCCAACCAGGACUGGUCGCCUCUUCUCGGAUAAGAUUUUGUUACUUCUGUCUUCUUAACUACUGGUGACUAGUUCAACUCUUCCCCCUUUCAGAGAGCCCAGUGGUGCAGAGCACAACCCCCACCCACCUCUUCUGUGAUUCGGGGCUCUGCCCUCUACCACCAUGGGGGCGGGGGCUACAGCACCAGAUGCCAAAAGCAGCCAUAUUGCAAACGCCAGGCCAUUAAACUCCAGUGCCUACCACAUAGUGUUUACGGGCAGGCAAAAUGAGAUCUCCAAAUAACCAGGUAGGUCUGCUUUCUCUCUGCAUACUCCACACUGGAGGUGGAGGAGGCACGAGGGGGGGAGAUGCCGGGACCCACUGGUGGGAGGAGUCAUGGAAUACAAGUGGUGUUCUGGGUGGUGGUCCUCAGGUGGAGGGUCAGCAUCUCCCAGAUUCAUCCUCUGCGGAUGGAAGCCCAGAUGCCCAAGGCUUCAUUGAAGCUGUGAAGGAACACACCUCUGCCGUUUGUCUCCUCUAAAGCAAUGUCAGCAUUCCAGAAAAGUGUCUGUUCACAGUGUGACCCAAUAUACGACACUUCUGGUAAGAAUUUCUGCAAACGCCCUCACCUCAAUACUGCCCGUCAGGAGUGUGUGUGCACCCAUACAUGUAACAUUUAAAACCAUAUUUGAAUGUCAACUCCUCUUUCCCCUCCCAGUUUCAGAUAGGAAGGGGAAAAAUAAAUAGAUAGUCCAGGGCACAGGUACUUGAUUAGCUUGGGAAAUUUCCAGUCUGAUUUGGGAUUGGUCUCUAAACACAGGCUCUAAUCUGGUGUGAAGCCAAUGAGGUGGGGCCGGCAGGAGGGAGACAGUCUUACUAAGUCUUCAAGGGUAGACCCCUCCGGAAGCUAUGCUAUGACUGUCCAUCAGGGCCAGCCCAUGAGCUAUCAUCUGAAUAACGGCUUUGGUCCCAGGAAGGGACUACACACUCGUAAGUCUCCAGUAUGGGGCUUUUGACGAGACCUGGAAGUAAAGCACCAGCGCUUAUCCCUUUAAAAGAGGAACAGAUUAAAGCAUCCAACUAGAGAUGUCACCUAGGCAACAGGAAAUAACUUGGGGAUCUGAGCCAUCCAGAGGGGGAAGCAGAGAUUCCCAUGGCAGAGGCAUCUGGACCAGGCAAAGUAGCAGUUUGCCCAUGGGGAGGGAGCUCUGGCAGCAGCACAGGGAGGGGGUGGGGAGGCUAGGGCUGGGCCACCAAGUCGCCUAGUAAGGCAUCCAAGCCACCAUACUGAUGAAUGCAUGGCGCUGCAUGGAAUCCUGCCUCCUUGGGUUCCGGGGAACAACCACCAGGAUCCUCCUCCGGGGAAGAGAAAUGCCAAGCACUCCUUGGCAGCCUCUUCUGUCACCAUGCUUCUUAGCCCCCCCCACCCUAAAUUGCUUAUGCCACACAGCCUUAGCCGGUCUCAAUUCCUUUCCUAUGUGUGGGCUUUGGAAGAAGGUGAUUGGCUGCAGAUAGGGCAAAGCUUCGAAAGCAUACACCUUGGUUUGCAGGGUCAGGGAAAGGAAGGCCCUCUUCUCCUUCCCUCUCGGGACUUCCCAGACAAAUGUCUGUCCUCUGAGUAUCUCAGGAACCGGUGACACAUGAACAUCGUCGCCCCGUCCCACUGGUCCCCAUCACACAACACCAGUCUCAGUCCCACUAUGUGGUAUGGCAUCUUAUUACUGUCCCCUGUCCAGACCAAAGGAUUCGGUGCCCCAGAUGCCUGGGGGCUGAGCUCUUGGAAAGCUGACCUGGGGAAGCAGUUGAGUCACUCGGUGUGACCUCUUGUCUGAGAGAACAUGGAGAAGCAAGAACAAUGGGAACAAUGACAUUGCUCAGGACCCCUUUCCUAAGGACUCCAUGUCCUUAGAUGGCAAUGCUUCCUCUGCGGUCACAGGUAUCUGUGACCCGUGGCUGGCAGCUCACCAAUGUUCUCAACCUCAGGGCCACACUUGUGGCCCUAUAAUGCUGUGAACUCCUAUAAUGACACAGUAUUAUUCCCAUAAUUCUUUGUCUUCUAGUUGUGGCCACACCGAACACAGAGGCCAGGAGCUGAGCCUCGGGCCUUCUUAGAGCUGAGCAGGUAAAUAAAGAAUCAGCUGUUGGUAUCAUUACUCACGAAAGUCACAUAUAGUCAGCCCCUGUGUCUCCCAGAUGAAACCCUUAGGCAGUUUCAGGCACAGGUGCGCCCAUGCACAGGUGCACCCACACACAGCAGCCUUACAAACAGCUACUAGCCCUUGCCUCAAGGGACCCUUCCUCCGUGUGAGGCCAUUUGAAGAAAAAAGAUUUUUCCCUGUUAAAUUCUCUAGAGAUCUCCCCGGGCUUUGUUCCUCUCUGUGUCGAGGAGUUUUACGUACAGUGUGCAUGUGUUUACGUGUUACACGGACGCCAGCAUCCAGCCCCAAGUCCACCCUUAGAAAUAGCUGGUCAGCAAGCCCCCCAGCAGGGUCCUCUUCCUACAGGUUCUACGGCGAGGGCAUCUGAACCCUUAUUAACAGAGGAGAUGCUCCUGGGGGGCCGAGGCCAACAGUGCCCCAUCUAGUCAGCCAUCACAGGGCCUGUGGGCCACCCAGCUCUAUCUUAGUGUAACCUUUUACACUCUUAGGAACAAAAAAGCACAAACCUCUGUCAGAGUCGGGGAGGCCCUGCCAGCCAGCAGCUCAGGACCCUUCAGCAUCCAGAAGAGGUGCUGGGCUUGUCUUGUGUCACUAGGGUUGUUGGGAGACCCUGGGGGUCCCUUCUGUAGAGUGGGGAGGGGGAAGGACCUGCUGAAGCCAUUCCUGGGCCCACCUGGGCUCCGUAGCACAGACCUGUGGCCUGGACUCUUGUGACCCUGGAGAAGCCCUGGCUCCAGCAGGCAUCCUGCCACGUGACGUCACCGAAUGCAGCACAAAGCCAGCCUCACUAUGCGCUGAGGAGAAGCGAUGGCCUUUCUGCACCAACCUGACGGAAAACCGAGUCCCUCCUCCCAAGGAAGCUGGCCCUGGCUUUACAACUCAUUUUUUUAUGCUGCCUUCUCUGGGGAGGGGCUCCAGCAUGCAGGCAAGCCUACAGCACUUGGAAUCAACAUAUUUCUCCUUCCGACCAGCACUUUGCUCUGAGAGAGGACUAAAGGGUAUUUAAAUUAACGAUGAAUAAAAAGCAGCCUGCCACCA